CUGUGCUAAAUGGGAAUAUUCUAAGCGUUCGUGAUAUCGACUGCGUAUUUGCUGAGUUUGUAAAAGUUUUUUCUUAUGGGGCGAUUUCUUACCUAUCUACUUUUAAGCAUUCUUUAUUGUUACUUUUGUGAAGCAAAUGCUGGAAGUCUAGGCUCAAAACCCUUUACUGCCUGGAUAUAUAAUAUCAAAAUCCCGCAUACCAACAGGACCCAGAAUAAAGAUGCACUUUAUUUUAAGGUUCAAGCAAAUAAACAUGAAAUAAUUUUAAAACUGAGAAAAUCUUCAAGAACAUAUGAAUCGUUUGAUACGUAUAUCUUAAAUUAUAAAGGUUUUCAGAAGAAUCUCGUCCAACAUAACGUUACAUGUGUUAAUACGUCUGGUAUAUACGUCAACGAAAAUGGCUAUUUUACAGUUCAAUGUAAAAAAGAGCAAACACGAAACGAAACUUUCAAACAAUAUCUUUUAACUGGAAUGUUUUGCUACAAUGGUUUCCAUUUCAUUCUUUAUCCUGAUUUUUUAAAACUCGACGUUGGAAGAUUCCAAGGUAAAUAUGGACACCGGCAUACAAUACACCCUCUGCAAGGAGCAGCAUCACAGAAUGCGUGUGAUCGUAUUUCAGAGAAUAAUACAGCUCAUUUAAAACCUCCAUAUUCACAAUUUAGGAAAAAGCGACAAACGGCGAAAAGCCGCGGUUUCGCUGGGAUGAAUAUUGAACUAUCAAUUAUACUAGACUAUACAAUAUAUGAGCACUUCAUGCUUGUAAUACCACAUUAUGUUGAAAACGUAGAAGAAAGAACGGACGAAUUAAUACACUCAUAUUAUAGUACUCUGAUUUCAUUGAUACAAUAUGUAUUCCAUUCUCUGACUACUGAAGACUUUUCUUUAGAUAUAAUAAGUAAUUACAUGGUUAUUACUAAAACGAAACACGCGCACAACUUGAUUCUUGCUGAUUGGGCAUCAAAGGAUCCAAAAGACAUUUGGAUGCGCUUGAAAAAUUGGUUGGUUCAUUCAAGCGAAGAAUAUACUAGCGGUAUGGACCAUAUAGUAUUUAUAACAUUACACGACAUAAUUCCAUAUGUUGAGGAACUUGGUUUCGGUAAGGCAAACAGAAUUUGUUCAAGUGAUUCUAUAAGCAUCCUUUCUGAAAGGCUAAGUUUGAGAACAGCUUUUGCUGCAGUCCAAUUAAUUGGACGCUCGGUUGGAAUACCGUUUGAUACGCUUGACACCCAGUGUCCCCCCGAAGACAGAUACGUAAUGUCCCCACUCCUUGAAUUAUUCCAGAAUACGGAUUUAAGCUUAAACCUGUUUUCAUUUUCACAGUGUUCGAGAGACUACGUAUCAGGUAUCGUCAAAAAAGGUCGCAACGACAAGAGGUACGCUUGUUUGUGGCGAAGAAGCAUAGUGCCAGAGUACCAUCUAAAUACCAUGAUCAAACCUGGACAAUGGCUCAGCGCGAGUCAACAAUGCUAUAACAGAUUUUUUCACGAAUCGGAUAUAUACUAUUGCGAAAAUGAGAAUUUCCAAAGAACUGAGAGAUUUUGUAUCCAUAUGAUGUGUUACCAGAAAGGCAUGUGUAUUGGAAUGAUGCCCCUAGAAGGUACAACGUGUGGCAAGGGUAUGUGGUGCAUCAAAGGGCACUGUACAACGCAGGGAGACCCACCAAAAAUACCUAUGGAUUGUUGGUUGGGGGAUAAACAUCCCGAUGUAAUUGAUGAACUUAAUAUUACGUGUAAUUAUGCUACAUUCGGAAGAAACUAUUAUUGUUAUAAUGAUUAUUUCUAUUCUAUGUGUUGCUGGACUUGUGCUUUGCUCGCCAGGAAAGUAGAGAGCUGCAAAUACGGGGACAAGCGUGAAGGAUGCCGAAGAAAACUUUGUAAAUAUUAUGACGAUACAAUGAAACAAAAUUGCUGUGGAACAUGUCAUGUAGAGGCUCUCAGUUCGUCGAAUCACCUCAAGACAAUUUUAUACCUAUACAUUUUACAAUGUAUUAUUUGGUUUAUUUAAAUAGUAUUAAGAUAUUUUCUUAAGUUACCACGAAUCGUUUUCAUGAAAACCAAAAUGAGGCCUAUAAGUGAA